GUCAGUCGCAUUUCAAACUGUAGAAAAGUCUAUCAUCAACGGAUAUAUGCUUAUGGUUAUUUCGGCCAACUUAAUAAUGACCAUAUGAUCCUAGAUUUUUCAACCAAUUCCAAUACGUUUAUGUACUACUUUGUUCUCAUCAUGCAGAAACGCAUUUUAUUCGAAGCUAACUCAAUGAAUCCAUUUUUCAGGUGUCAUAUAUCCGGCGCUUCGAACAUAUCCUUGGUUUGCCUACGAUUUUGCUUUAUGUUUUAGGUCAAAUCGAAUCUUCUUCAGACUCAAGUUGUGAAAUUAUCUACAUCUCAACAGUUGACACAUUUAGAAUUCAUGUACGAAAAAAUGUGUUCGAGGAUCUUGUACCGGUUUCUAAUAUUUCGCAUAUUUAUAUCCAGCGAGCAAGAUUUUAAAUUUGAUCUAAAGUUUUCUACCAACGAAAGAAGACCACUUAUCUUCACUUUUUCUACAAAGAUUCAGUCUAUAACCAUCAAAAAGUUUACUGUGAUGGUUCCUUUGUCCACGGUUCUAAGAUCAGCGUGGUUAAAUCUUACGAUUGAUUUGUUUUCUUUUAUACACGACUUAAAUGUUCAAGAUGGCCUUAAAAAGCUACAAACCAUCACGGUCUACCCAUUUUGCUAUUUAUCCGAGCUUUCAGUCACUUCAUCCUCCAUCAGUGAUGUUUCCAUUCUCGAUAAUCCUCAAACUUCAGAAAAUAACACGCCAGAAAUUUACCAGGUUUUGAACGUUCCGAAAAUUCGUUUGAAUGAAUGGAGAAGAGCUGAACAGAUAAAUUUACGAGGGAGUGAAAACUCAAAGAAUCUUUUAAAGGUAUCACAAUUAACUACAGGUGGUGACCAAUCAUGUACGAAAUCAUCUCAUUCCUCAUCAGUAGAGGGUGAGAAAUGUAUUUCAGGAGGACAAAAUUCCGAAAGGAAACGAAUAUCUCUGCAAAUUAACAGGGUUUGCAUUAAUGAACAGAGUUCCACAGGUUUUAGUAAAGUACCUACUGGUUCAGAUGUUUCUAAAGAUCCAAGAAGUUUUAGCGCCGGUGCCAUUUCCAAUCGUCUAACUAAUACUGCCAAAAAUUCUACAAGUUUAUUGUAUUAUCCAGAGCAAAAUAUCAAUUCAAAUCAACUAAAAGUUAUGAAUAAUAUGAAAUCAGAAAUAGAGCAGUCCUAUCAACAGCAAUAUGAUAUAGAAAAACAAUAUCAGUCCAUUCGUUUAGGCGGUUUAUAUUUAUUUAAUAGUCUACCUCAACCUGCACCAAGCUUUUUUACGCAAUCAUAUAUUAAAGAAAUCGAAACUAAAGAGAUCGAUGAAAAAUUAGAGAGUAAGGACAUUGUAAUCUGCUCAAAAAGUCCUUAUUUACAACGUAUUAGUAUAGAUCAUCAUUCGUUAAAAGAAUUAACUGAUGCAGAUUUGAAAUUUAAAGUGAUUAUGGCAUCUACUACAUAUCAUUUAAAUAAUGAUACUCCUUUAUCAAAUGAAUAUACCAUCUUGGGAACAAAUGAGAAUUUAUUAGAAACAGCCGACUCAUAUAAAUCUAAUGAAAAUGAUGAAAAUAAUAAAAUGGUUUGUACACCACCUCCUAUCGAUUUAGCCGGAUAUGAACAAUCUGAUGAAUUAUCCGCCAGUUUUGAAGAGUCACUUUUAGCUAGCCUUAAACAAGCAGUACUUGGCGAAGCUAUAGAACCUGAUUUACAGUUUUUAUCAUCAUCAAAACAACAAAUGACCAGUAAUAAUCAUAAUAACAAGUUAAGAAAAACAAUUAAAACACCAAUGACAAAUGUGAAAUAUCCACAUUCUGAAAUAUCAAAACCAAUACCAGUACCAUCACAAAGUCCAUCAUUAAAUCCUCUUAAAAAGAACAUGUUAAAUACAAUUGAAAAUGAAAAAUGUGAUAUUGUGAUUGCACUUCAAAAACAAAUAUUAAAUGUCAGCUUCAGUGACAAUGAUGAUUACAAUGCGGGCGAUGAUACCACUACAACCGAUGGUUUAGGAUCGUUAAUUUAUUUACGUUAUCACUUGGCACGUCAUCAUCAGCAUUACGAACAUGGAGAUCAACACCUAGUUCAUGAAAGCUGUGAUGGUCAUUUACCAGUGGGUAUAAAUCACCAGUUAUUGACAAAAUCAAAGAAAAGCACUUGUCAACAAGAUGGUUACACGUGUAGAAAUGAAAAUGAUCCUGCCAUACUUACUCCUUCUCGUGCAUCAUCGUUGGUUCAUCAACGUACACACAGUACAGAUGAUGUAUCACAAUUAAUUACAGGUUUUGAAUUGUCCAGCCAUUGGGGUACUGAAACAGCAAACUCAUCUAAUGAAAGUAUAUCAUAUUCAGUAUGUGAAAGUAUUACAUCACCUUUGCCUCAAUCAUAUCAACUUGUACAACAUACAUCUUCUGUUAAUCAUAUAAAGUUUCAAAAUACUGUGUCAGUUAAUGAAGAACUAGUCAAUAAUAAUAAUAAUAAUAGUUCUGACAAACUAUUUGAUAUAAAUUCAAAUCAUGGACUUAUCGAAUUAAUUUAUGAUCCAAUAUUGAAAUGUUACUAUGAUCCUAAAUCUGGACGUUUUUAUGAAUUAAUCUGAUGAGCUCUAGAAUAGAGAUAAUAUGAAGAGAGAAAUAGAGAAUGCUAUUGCAUAUAGAUAAUAUUUAUCAUGGUAAUUAUACUACUGAUGUAAUAUUUUUGUUUUGUUCACCAUGUAGCUUUGUGGAUAUUUUUUUUAGUUGCACAUUGUUACUUCUUCUAGUACACGAGUAUUUUUGUUGAAUAAAUAAGAAAUACUACUUCUAAUACAAUUACUACUGUUAAAGUCAUUAUCAGUGAUAUUUUCUUUAUAGUUUCCAGAACAUUCCUCUUAUACUUAUUCCUUCUAAGCAUAAACCUUUUUUAACUGUGAUUAUGAAUCAAAAGAUGUUGAGGAUUUAGUCUUCAGUAAAAAUUUAAUGUCUGUCUUAAUUUAUGUAUCAUAGAAAUUAUUUGUAAAUAUGUCCGAUUUCAUUAAUUAUUGUAAAUAUAUUGAAAUACUAAUAUUCUCAAAGAUCAGCAUUGUACUUAUAAAAUCUGUAGUGAAGAAAUAUAAUUGUUGUGAACGGGGAAAUAAGAAGCCCAGACAACUACGAAAACUAUUUUCUUGAGACGUUAUUUCAUUUCAUUCGAACCUUGUAAAACACUUAUAUUUAUUUUUGUCCCUAUUUUAUUCUACAUAACAUGAGCUUUCGUUCUAUGUAACAUUCACUGCCAUACCCUUUUUUGUCCCGAAAAUAUUGUAAUUUAAACAUAAUAUUUUGUAAAUUUAGAACAAUAUAUAUAAGCGAACAAUGUUGUUUUCGAUUAGAUCCUCAUCAGGCUUUACUCUAAUAUACAGUAAUAUUUAUAUGCAUUUAUGAACUUAUUAAAGUAAUCAAGGUAGUUUAUAAGUCAAUGAUAACAAUGAAAACGAUUACAUAAUAGGUAAAAUGUGAAAAGUGCAAAUUGAUGGUGUGACAACAGGUGCAUUAGUUUUUGAUAAGCAAUAAUAAUAAAGGUUCAAAUCAAUGUUACAUAAUCGGAAAUAGGUCAAUGAAUAGAAAAAUAUAGAAACUGAGAUAACAAUUAUAAAAUUAUAAGAUGACGUAAUAAGAAAUGUUCAGAUAAUUGGACCAUGAAACGUAUAGUUGAGAGAAAAUAAAGUGGUCGGAGGGUGUGAAGAAAAAUAAUAAACGAAGAGAAAGCUAGAAAAGGAAUAAAUAAAUAAAUAAAUUCAUUUAUUACUUAAGGCCAAGGGAGAGAUAAGGGAGUUACAAAUUUCUUCUGAACACAAAGACUUGGCUUGCUUAUCAAAAACUAAUGCACCUGUUGUCACACCAUCAAUUUGUACUUUUCACAUUUUACUUAUUAUGUAAUCUUUUCCAUUGUUAUCAUUGACUUAUAAACUACCUUGAUUGGUUUAAUAAUUUCAUAUAUGCAUAUAAAUAUUACUGUAUAUAUUAGAGUAAAGCCUGAUGAGGAUCUAAUCGUAAACAAUAUUGUUCGCUUAUAUAUGUUGUUCUAAAUAAUAUUUUGUAUCUUAUUUUCUACCCUAAUUCCCAGUUUCGGGCAUAAUUGUAUUUUUCCAAAUUAUCGUACGUUGUGGUCAGGAUAUUCACUUAUUUAUUCAUGUACAUUUUUG